AGGGGACAGGGAGCAGCCGCGGGGAGCCGCCACCCGGGGCACGGGGACAGGGACCGGAGGGCAGAGAGGGCGGCACGGCGGGGACGGAAGCGCCGGGAGGGGACCGGCGGGGGACACAGCACGGGGGGACACGGAGAGCGGUGGAAUAUUGAGAAUCGAGGAGACACGGAGAGAGAGCGGCGGGGACACCCGGCUACCGCACAGGAACGCAUCGGUAGAGGCUCUGCCCGCUCUCUGCCCUCACCCUGCCCCAGGCUCGAUGCGGGCCGGCGCUGGCCAUGGAGAAGCUGUACCUGGCGGGGAGCAGCACCUGGACCAUCAACAGCUCCCUGGGGAACGGCAGCCUCCGGCUGGGGAACCUGAGCGCCGGCAGGAACAGUACCGCCGACCCCCUGAAGAGGAACGAGGACAUGGCCAAGGUGGAGGUGACAGUCCUGUGCCUCAUCCUGUUCCUCGCUCUGACCGGCAACCUGUGCGUGCUACUGGCCAUCCACACCACCCGCCACAAGCACUCCCGCAUGUACUUCUUCAUGAAGCACCUGAGCAUCGCUGACCUGGUCGUGGCCAUCUUCCAGGUGCUGCCCCAGCUCAUUUGGGACAUCACAUUCAGGUUCUAUGGGCCAGAUUUCCUCUGCCGCUUGAUCAAGUACUUGCAGGUAGUGGGAAUGUUCGCUUCCACCUACAUGCUCCUGCUGAUGUCCCUGGACCGGUGCUUGGCCAUCUGUCAGCCACUGAGGUCCCUGCACAGGAGAGCUGACCGGGUCUCUGUCCUCCUCACCUGGCUGCUGUGCCUGCUGGUCAGCAUCCCUCAGAUCCACAUAUUUUCUCUAAGGGAUGUGGGGAACGGGGUUUAUGACUGUUGGGCAGAUUUCAUCCAGCCCUGGGGACCGAAAGCCUAUGUUACCUGGAUCACCCUCAUGGUCUAUAUCAUCCCUGUGUUCAUGCUGAGCAUCUGCUACGGCUUAAUCAGCUUCAAAAUCUGGCAGAACGUGAAGCUGAAGACGGCUCACGGGCCCAGCGUGGGUCUGGGCUCAGGCUCCCACAGAGGGAUGGUGUUUGCCAGGGUCAGCAGCACCAGGCUCAUCUCUAAAGCCAAGAUCCGGACAGUCAAAAUGACCUUUAUCAUCGUGCUGGCGUUCAUAGUGUGCUGGACUCCCUUCUUCUUCGUGCAGAUGUGGUCAGUGUGGGACAUCAACGCGCCGCAGGAAGCCUCCCCGUUCAUCAUUGCCAUGCUCCUGGCCAGCCUCAACAGCUGCUGCAACCCCUGGAUCUACAUGCUCUACACCGGGCACCUCUUCCACGACCUCGUGCGCCGCUUCCUCUGCUGCUCCACGCGCUACCUGAAGUCGCGGCCAGCGUGUGACCUGGGCAAGAAGAGCAACUCCUCCUCCUUCGUCCUCAGCUGCAGGAGCACGAGCCAGAGGAGCUUCAUGCAGCCGUCCACGACGUGAGGCCAUCACCAGCCAGGACGUUGUGCCUCUGCUGUGCUGCCUCCAGUGCUUCCCUGUGGCAAGCUGUGCCCGGACAAGGAGGGGGUCUAUAAAUAGGUGUAUAUAUGCCUGUCAGCAUGUACAGAGGGCCUUAUUUAACUGAGACGGGAGUGGGGCAGGAAUUCUGUGUCCAAGUUUCAGGCUGGGAUUAGACACCAGGAACUCGCUCCUGAGCCCCAAACGCUAACAUCAGUGGCUUAGGGAUGCCACCAGGAGGGACAGGUCUUGUCCCGAGCGACCGGGUGCUGCUGGGGCAGGUGUGACGCACCAUAUGGGAUGGAAGGGGCUGCUGCAGCACAGGGUGAUGGGUGUCAUCCCCGGCACAGCGCUGGGCACUGUCCCACCUGCACCUGCAGCACGGUCCUGCAGGAUGCCGGCUCCUGGCACCGCGCUCUCAGCACAGGCGCUCUCGCUUCACUUGCAGCCAUUGGAGCAGAGGCAGCCCCAUCCCCGCAUCCCCGCAUCCCCGCAUCCCCGCAUCCCCGCAGCCCCGCAGCCCCGCAGCCCCGCAUCCCCGCAGCCCCGCAGCCCUGCACCGUGCCAGCCCUGCACCGUGCCAGCCCUGUUCCCCCUGCCUAGGCUCAGAGAAGGGCAUCCUGGCGGGCAACAGGGACCAGCCUUGCAGGGCACAGCGCUGUCGCCCCAGUGUCCCCACCCCAGCUCUGGACCUCAUCCCCAGCGAGGCCGUGCAGACGGUCGGCAGGAGCCUGGAGCGGGCACGGCUGGGGCCGGGAUCCGGGCAGGAACGCCCUGGCCGAGCGUGCUCAGCAGCUUCCACACGGGCGGGUGUGCGGGAUCCGGGCUGGGCUCCGUGGGCUCUGACAGGGACAGUCCCGUCACAUCCCCGACACCAGGCCUGGCUCUGGGGUCAGCGCAGAUCCCGUGAAGGCUCCCGUGAAGGUUCCAGUGCCUUUCGCUUGCUCUCUAGCGCACAGGGCAUGCUCACGGCAUGGAUUUUAAUUGCUGACAAAACCUGUAAAUAAAGUUUUCUGACUGUGUCUGGUGGAAGGUGGGAGGGAGGCGUGGGUGGAGCGCUGGGCUGAGCGAACGAAGGGGGCCGGUGGGCAGCAGGGCUGGAGCACCGCACACACCCAGCUGCGCUCACCGCGGUGCCGCUGCCGGUGUAGCGCUGCCCAGCGCUGGGAUCCGCACCCGGCGGCACAGAGCUGCCUGUGACAUGGGCACUGGAGGGGGCACAGCUGGGGCUCUCAUACGGUGAUGUAAUUUGGCCUUUCGUGUUGGGAAUGAACAUGAAAAAUACAUUUAAAUGUGUCCUUUA